UCACACGACAAGGUGUAAUCAAAUACGCCGCCUUCACAUGAUCUACACCCGAGACAGGCUUUUCUGUUAAAGGCAUAGAAACAGACUUCAGGCAACCAGCAGGGUUCAGGUCCAUGGCUCGCUCAGUGUGGUUGUGUUUGGUUCUCAUUGUCGGCGUCGCUGAAAGUGGAAUUCUUACAAAGGAUUUGUACAGGAUACAGGAUCUGGAGUCUCGCGAUGCGUGUGAGCUUCUGGACAGAUUUGACGGGGAUGUGCAGUGCAAAGGAAGUACCUACGAUGCAUUUUCUGUUGCCGGGCACGUAAUCACAAUGGCUGACACAGGGACUGUAUGCCGGGCUAGACAUUCGCUGGACUUUUUUGCUUGUAAAGGAGGGCUUUGGGUCCAAGUACCAAUCUCCUAUGCUCAGUCGUUAAAACGUCCGGAGGAUCGGCAUCACAGAGAAAAGCGAUUUUUGGGGUUUGUUUCAGAUGUAGUUGGGGGCGUUGUAUCUGGAAUUUCAGACUUCGUCUGCAUGUUUCUGUGUAGAAGCGGGGGUGGAGGAGGAGGAGGAGGCCCACCGCCAAACACGUUCCCUCAGAUUGACUGUCCGUAUGUGGGGCCGCAGUUUGCCAAGACGGGAGACAAGAUGGUGGUGAACUGGAUGGAACCGAAGGGAACGGACAAGGAGGAUGUCAGUCUAAGCCCUAGGAGAUCAGGGUUACCUCCUGGAAGUGAGUUCAUUGCGGCCACACACUUUAUCAAGUACCGAGUUGUGGACAGUGGUGGCCUGUCCGCAGACUGUGAUAUUGUCUUCACAGUGAACACGAUCCACUGUACCCCCUUUACGUAUGCUCACCAUGGUCGUCUCCGAUGCACCAAGAGGGACAUAUCAGGAUCGGAGUGCACCGUGUACUGUGACGACGGCUACACUGUUGACGGUUCUAACCCCAUCAAGUGUGAAGAAGGGGACUGGUCUGAUCCAGAACCAAGGUGUAAAGCUGUUUCCUGUGGUACACCGCCAAGUGUGGCAAACGGGCAGCUGACGUGUCUGGGGGACGUCGUGUACGGCACGUACUGCUUGAUGACCUGCGACAGGGACUAUCAAACACGAGGGAUGUUGAUGAGCACAUGUCUGGCAACAGGGCAAUGGACCCCGCCCGGAACCUGCGCAGAUAUCAGUCCACCAUCAUUCACUAAUGGCUGCCCCGAUGACGUUGAAGAUUAUUCUGAAAAGAAGGGCGGGGGAAAGGUAGUCACGUGGGACGACCCAGUUGUCAAGGACAGUUCAGAGGUCACAAUCACAGGAAGUCACCAAUCAGGAGCGGUCUUUGAAUUGGGCGAGACGAAGGUGACACUUACCGCCACAGAUUCUGAAGGGAAUACAGCUCAGUGUUCAUUUAAAGUCACCAUCAAUGGUCUGUACUGUCAGGAACCAGAUCUCCAGGAUCCCAUCGACAAGUUGAAGUACGAUUGUCCCGACGGCUACGGCCACGGCUUCAUCUGCUCUCUCUCCUGCAACUCAGGCUACCCCUUGCAGGGACCCGACUCCAUCCUCUGUCAGAAAGACGCCAACGUCUUCCCCCCAACAGCAUCGUGGACGUGGGCCUCGGAUGCAUUUAAACCGUUUUGCAGAAAUACCACAUGUGCCGACCUGCCGGUCCCUAAAAAUGGAGCUCUCGUCUGUGACGCCUGGGGUUCUGGUGGCAGGAUUUGCACCAUGCUGUGUAACGAGGCAUACGAUGUGACGAAGGAUGUCCCAGACGUGUACGCCUGUGGACAACAGACUGGGAAAUGGUUUCCACGCGACGACGUCCAGGACUGUACAGAAAAACGAAAUCCACGCAACAUGAAGCUUGCCAGUGAAUUUUACUACUACUCCGGAUCCUGUCCUGACAACAACACCCAGCUUGCCAUCGCACAACAGUUCGUCAACAUCAUCAACACGAGCAGCGCUUUCAGCCAAACAUGUUUAGCGGCAUUUCCAGUAUGUCAUGCGGAAUAUGUCGAUAUACAAUGUGGUGAAGUAGUUAGAAGAAGGAAGCGCUCUGUAGAAGGAUCUGCCACAGAGAUUGUCCAUCCCAAAGUCAAACGAUCAACAGUUCCUACGGUCAUAACGUUUGUAAUUACAGUACCCUUUGAUAUAGGUUCCAAUGAAAAUGCUGAGGCUGCAAGAACAAGGUCGGAGAAAGGUUUCGACAAUGUCAUAGGUUCCAUUGACCAAAUGCUUGAAAAUGGAGACCUCAAUAUGUCCCAGUAUGGACUGAACACUCAAGAAGACUCCUUCCAUGCAGGAUACGCGGCGCUUGACUGUCCUUUUGGAACCAAAGCAAACAACGAACAAAUUUCAUGCUCCGGAUGUCCCACAGGGACGUAUGUAGACCCGGUCUCUGGAGACUGCGUGUCCUGUCCCGUUGGCAGCUAUGCUGAUGAAGGCUUUUCGGAUUCCUGUAAACAGUGUGGCGAGGGGAAGUCGACCAGAUCUACAGCAUCAAGAUCUGUGAACGAUUGUAUUGAUACCUGUACAAAAGGCUCCUUCUCAUUGGACGGCAUGGCACCCUGCACGCCAUGUACCCGUGGGACGUAUCAAAAUGGUGAAGGGAUGACGUCGUGCACGUCGUGUCCGACCGGCACUACAUCACCGCAAGGAUCUCAAGACGCCAGUGCCUGUGUUGCUUUUGACUUAAAGGUUCGUGCUAACAAGGAGACUGUGUUCGGUAAUAUCAGCUCGGACCUGAGCGCCCUGACCAUGUAUUUCUGGAGCCGCUCGGACACAAGCCUUGGACACACUCUGACACGCAUUACCGACACUGACGGCAACACCGUCGUCGAGCUCUCAGUCACCAACAGCGUCAUUCUGAAUAUACAAGGAAACCUCCUAGAUACAGAUGUAAACCCUGCAACAAGCUACUGGCAACAUCUGACCUUGACCUUAGAUGGCAGCAACAAGGACCUGGCUCUCUACCUGAAUGGAAACCCGAUUUACUCCGAUAACAUUGCGUCGCUAACAACCCCUAUUGUUCCACGUGACAGCGAGGUUGCCAUUGUAUCAGGAAAUGGAGAUAUUACCUUGAGCGCCAUCAACAUUAUUGAGCGAGUUGCGUCCCUUGGUGAAAUACAGGCUCAGACAACUUCCUGUGUGUCCAUACUACAAGAUUCAGCGUUGACAUUCAAAAAGAAUGGCAGCAGCCUCAUUGUACCAAGUCAAUGUGAUGCUGUUGAUGGCUGUCUUACCAACCCUUGUGGCUCCAACCCCUGCAAGGACGAGCUGGAAGGAUUCACAUGUGACUGUCAAGAUGGCUGGACGGGGGACACGUGUAGCAUCCCACCAGACUACUGCGCACAUCACGAGUGUCAGAACAGUGCCAUCUGUGAAAACGGAAACGGGAAUUACACGUGCAAGUGCCUGAAGGGUUUCAAGGGGCAACUGUGUCAAGAGCUUAUAGUCAAUGGCAACUGGGGAGAAUGGUCAAAGAAGACAGAGUGUUCAGUGUCUUGUGGAGGCGGAACCAGAUCACGAAGUCGUCGUUGUGACAGCCCGCCACCUGACGAGGGUGGUGACGCUUGUGAUGGCGUUUCUGAGGAGACAGAACAAUGUAAUAUAGACGCCUGCCCAGAGUGCCCAACACUGCGUCUGUCCACUGGAAAUGUGAAGAACUGUACAGAGUCUGAUGGCUACACCAGAUGCACUAUCGCAUGCCGAGGGGAUAUGGUGUUCUCCCAGAAACCGUUACCUGUGUAUGAGUGUGGUUCUGGCAGUAACUAUGUGUGGAACCACCAGGAACACAAGAGUAACGCCAGACCUCCUGCUUGUCGACCUGCUGAGGGAGCCACCCGUUACGACGUGACCCACACCGUCACAUACCCAAACUUCCCAUGUACCUCUGGUAAUGGUCGAUCCGAUGAAAUCAAGUCCCAAGUUUCUGACAGUGUGAAAGACUUGACCUGCCUCCAGGAGAACAUAUGUACAGCGUCGGUUGAAAUCAACAGCUGCAAUGGGGAUGGAGUGAGCAAGAGGUCAACAACACCCACCGUUGUAUCCGUUCUCAUUUCCACCAUCAUGGGCAGCACGGAAUCUCUUGAUCUCACCGAGUUUGUUGAAAAUAACAUUGUAACUACAGGCCUUACAAACUACCUGAACAAACUGAUGAAGACCGAACUUUCUAUCCAGUCACUUGUCAACAGCAGUAAAACACUAUUGACACUGACCAUAGAUGGCGCCACCUAUCUGGUAGAUACAGAUUCAAUGUCCACCACGACGGUGACCACCUGUCCUUCUGGAACAACGCCCACAGAGGGUGUCUGUGGACUAUGCCCCGCGGGUUCAAAGGAGGUAAACGGCAAGUGUGAGUUGUGCGAGAAAGGCACUUAUCAACACGAAACAGCUAGCACUUCCUGCCUGAUGUGCCCGUCAGGAACGACAACUCCUGGAGUGGGCGCGGAUGAUGUCAGCCAGUGCAUAGAUUCAGAUGAGAAGAAUGAGAAGGACCCGAAAGAAGAGCAUGAACCUCAGUCGAAGACAACAGCCAUAGUCUUGGGCUGUCUCGGUGCUGCCUGCUUCAUCGUUGUUGGUGUUAUCAUUGUGGCGAUGAAGAAGGGCAACUGCAAAAUCACGAACAGACCAUCAAGACCAUCCACUGCUGGAUCGUUCUACAAGAUGUCCCAUCAUCGUGUGUCGGUAGCUUCCCUCCCGCCGCCCUGCUCUAAGAGACCCUCCACUCCGGCCGCGCUCUUUGACAUUAACGGUACAAGUUCCACUCCGCCACCCACAGCUCCGCCACCCUACAGUACAAAUAUGACCCCUACAUCGAAGCUCAGUUUAAUCGAAGUAAAGGAAGUCCCAGCAGAGAAAGCGCCAAUAGAUCCUUCCGUCAACAAUUGAAAUGCAACCUAUGAUGAAUCGAACCUACGGUCAAUAGAUUCUUCCGUCGACAAUUGAAACGCCAUUCCAAUAAACAUUCUAACACAGCUAUGAACCUAUUAUGUAUGUUGCUAGGUUCUAAAAUGUUAUAAGCUGCAUUUAGUAAUCAGGCACAUGUGCGCCUUUGUCGUUCGAUAAUGACAAAAUACCUCUUUAGACCACGAGGAAAAUGUUAUUGAAACAUGAAAGUUUACAUAUUUAUAAAGAUUAUCAGGUUUAUGUAUCAGGAGUGUGUGCUCCUCUUUUGGUUCAGUCAUUGAUAGUCUAAUACAAUUCAUAUAUAUAUAUAUAUUGUUACGUUCUGAGAGUAUGUAGGAAUAAGCUGAUAAGCCUCACAUUCUGUAUUUUGAGUAUAUCUUCUCUUGUGUUCAACUGUAUUUGUAAAACAUGUUCUUUAGAGGUCAGGAUGUUUCGUUUUUCGUUCUGUUCUGAUAACCUAUGUUAAAUUGACCGUUCCGUCAAUGUCCUCCAAUUGCAUGAUUUCACUCAUUUGACACGUACAUGUCAGUGAAAAAAGGACAUGUUUAAAUAUACACAUGCAAAUAAUGGUUGUCACCCCCUUCAAUUUUUUUAAUUGGAGAGGGGUUUGGGGUGGGGAGGGGGGUGACAACCAUUAUUGGCAUGAGUAUAUAUGUGUACAGACACCACAGUUGUGAUGGUCUUCCAAGACAAAACGACCUUAUCCAGGAUAAAAGUCUCAAGGAACUGUGCUGCAUGUAAAGAAGACGUGUGCGAUAUAAGCAUCAUAUCUGAAAGCGCACAUAAAAUCUCCAAAUCAUAAUCAGACGGUCAUCCGACACAAAUAGUACAAAUCCAGAAUAAAAGUCACAAGGGGCUGUGCUGCAUGUGAAGACAUUUUAUACACGUUAGAUACUGCUAACAUUUGACUAUUCCUCACGCACAAUUUUCAAAAGUUGUCUGUAUGUCAUGUUCUGUGAGUGGUUUCUGUCAGUCUGUCCUAUGUUAAGCCUUUCCGAAAUAUUGCAGUGACUUUCAGAAAUAAAGUAUGGAAGCCUG